AUGUCGUUCGUGGACUCGACACCAUCCUCCGAUGCAAGUCGAUCCGAUUCUAAACCAUCCUUUCCAACCCAACAAGUCGACUUCCACGUCGAUCUCGAAAAACGCGAGAAUGCCUCAAACCAACUACCAAUUUAUCGUCACGAGGGACGGGGUCUCGGAGUCGCAUUCGACAACAUCAAGGUGCAAGGCCAAUCUGGGGGUCAGCGGACAGUCCUAGACUUGCCCCAAAUUUUACGCAAUAUCCUUCAAGCACCGCUGUCACUCUUCAGUAAGCUAGUCAACCAACAGACAACACCUCGAAGUACUAUCGUCCAGGGAGUGUCCGGAGUCCUUUUCCCCGGCGAGACCAUGCUUGUACUUGGUCGCCCUGGCUCUGGAUGUACCACCGUGCUGAAGGUCAUAGCCAACAAUCGCGACUCCUUCGUGGCAGUUGAUGGGGAGGUUCAUUAUGGCGGAAUCAAGGCACAAGAAAUGAACCAGGGCCUCAAGUCUGAGGUUGUGUACAGCUCGGAGGAUGAUCUGCAUUUCCCGACUCUUCCGGUGAAGGAUACUUUGGACUUUGCCCUAAGACUGCGAAAGCCGGCAAAGUACCCUGGAAAGGAUGCCCAAUUUUCAGCAGAGUUGACAGAUAAGCUUGUCAAUGCCUUGGGAAUUGCGCAUACUAAAAACACCAUCGUGGGAGACUCGUUUACUCGAGGCGUAUCGGGUGGAGAGCGCCGACGUGUCUCCCUUGCAGAAGCGAUGGCCGUAAACUCCACUCUCGUUUGCUGGGAUAAUCCCAUCCGUGGACUCGACAGCUCUUCUGCUCUGGAAUUUUUGCAUGUCCUGAAGCGCAUGUCCAAAGCAACAGGGAUGACGAAUGUGGUCACCCUCUACCAGGCCUCCGAAACCAUGUACCGUGAAUGCUUCGAUCGUACCAUCGUCAUGUAUGAUGGACGUAUGAUAUUCAGCGGAAGGGUGGGGGAGGCCAAGCGAUACUUUGAGGAUCUCGGCUUCUAUUGCCCAGAUAGACAGACCACCCCGGACUUCCUCACCUCUGUCACCUCCCCCGCGGAGCGAAGGAUACGAAACGAUUACCAAGGCCCUGUGUAUCUCGACUCAGAAUCUCUAGCCCAGGCCUUUUGUCAAAGCCCGCAUUAUGCACAGCUCCAGCAACAAAUACACCAAUAUUCUCGCUCUACGGAAACGAACGAAACCGCCCAAGAUGAAUUUCGCAGGGAGGUGGGAGGACUCCGAUCCUCAAUGGCCUUCAAUAAUGCUAUUGAGCCCGCCACAUUGGGAAAGCAGAUCCUUGUAGGUACGAAGAGGUACUACAAGCUGUUUUGGAAUGACCGGAAUACCUUCUUCACCGUUGUAUCCCUGUGUAUUGUGAAUGCACUCAUCGCAGGCUCCGGGUUUUACGCUGCACCGAAGACAGCUUCUGGUUCAUUUGAGAGAAGUGGAGCUAUGUUCUUUGCCCUGGCAUACUUCUGUUUGAAUGCAUUGACCGAGGUUGUGAAGACAGUCAAUGCUCGCGCCGUUCUGCUGAAGCAACACAACCUGGGCUUCAUCCACCCUGCCGCAUAUGCUAUUAUUCAGACUAUUGCCGAUAUCCCCGCCGCAUUGAUCCAAACGCUUGUAUUCACCUGCUGCUAUUAUUUUCUCAUUGGGCUCAGUAGCAACGCCUCGCAGUUCUUUAUUUUCGUCCUGAUCACUUUUGUCCAUUCCGCUGCCAUCUCAACCAUGUUCCGGAUGUUGGGCGCAUGGGCACCCAGUUUGAGCAUAUCGCAUCUUCUAGCUGGCUGUGCUCUCCCUGUUGCUUGUCUGUAUUCGGGAUAUGCACCACCAGUUCCAACGAUGCAUCUCUGGGGUUCUUGGAUCCGACGUGUCUCUCCAACCCCAUACGCGAUGGAAGCCCUGAUCGGCAAUGAGUUUGAUAACAUGGAACUGCACUGUACGGACUCGCAGCUGAUUCCAUCAGGCCCUGGCUAUAAUGAUAUUCGCCACCAAGCGUGCCCGAUGCAAGGGGCACAUUCUGGCUCAGCAGAGGUGGACGGAGCUGUGUAUGCAUCCGGCAUGUAUGGAUACACUCGUGCUCACCUCUGGCGCAACUUUGGUAUCAUCAUGGCCAUGUGGGUUCUGUACACCAUCAUUGGUGCAAUUGGCCUUAUGGUGAUGACGCGAGAGAACGGUGGUGCAACAGGCCCGGUGUACAAGCGAGGUGUCCUCCCGCCACAUGAAUCUUCAUCUGAAUUCAAAAACCAAGCCACAAUAGUAGAGACAGAGACAGGUUCAGAGAGCGAGACUGACGUUGCAGAACCCAUGGAUGUACCUGCCCAGGAGCCACCAGCUGCGAAGGACUCCUUGACCAAGCAAGAUCGUGCAUCGUUCACUUUUGACAAUCUCAGCUACUUUGUGAACGUUGGAGGAACGGAAAAGCAACUUCUCAAUCAAAUCUCUGGAUAUGUCAGACCUGGCCAGCUGACCGCGUUGAUGGGAGCCUCUGGGGCAGGGAAGACUACUCUUUUGGACAACCUCUCUCGACGAAAGACUGACGGCCGUAUGACGGGUGAUAUAUUGCUGGGUGGCUCCCCAUUGGGUCCCGCCUUUGCUCGCUCCUGUGGAUUCUGUAUGCAGCAGGACAUUCACGAAGCAUUAACAACCGUGCGGGAAGCGCUACAGUUCAGCGCAUUACUCCGUCAACCGAUUGAGGUUCCUCGAUCGGAGAAGCUCGCAUAUGUCGAACAUAUCAUUUCUCUUUUGGAGCUUGAGACGAUCGCCGAUGCUCUCGUGGGAGCUACCGGUGAUGGGCAGUUGAACGUGGAGGAGCGAAAGCGGGUGACGAUUGGGGUCGAAUUGACCGCAAAGCCCUCUGCCCUCCUGUUUCUCGACGAGCCAACAUCCGGACUUGAUAGUCAAGCUGCGUACUCAAUUGUUGCUUUUCUGCGCAAGGUCGCUGCUGAAGGAGUUCCUAUCGUCUGUACGAUUCAUCAACCGUCUGGUGUCAUAUUUGAAAUGUUCGACCAUGUGAUGCUGCUUGCCCCGGGCGGUAGUACAGUCUAUUUUGGAGAAACAGGCACCAAUGCUUGCACGAUUACGGAAUAUUUCGCGAGAUCCGGUGCAGUGAUGAGUGCCGAGGACAAUCCAGCCGAGUUUAUCAUUUCGACAGUGACUGAAAAGGGUACCGACAGUAAGGACUGGGUACAGGUCUGGAAUACGUCUCCGGAGAGACAAGCCCUCCAAACCAAGAUUAAGACGCUGAACUCGACGUCUUUCUCUCCUGUUACUGAAAUAGGAUCCGACCGAAAGGGCCAGUAUGCGCUUCCUCUCACGGCACAGAUCAUGGUUCUCACUCAACGGCAUUGGAAGGCUGUCUGGCGCAAUGGACAGUACAACUUCAGUCGACUCUUCAAAUCCCUCUUCUUCGAGAUGUUCGUCUCCUUUACCUUUUUCCACAUCGGGAACGAUAGUUCAGGUCUUCAGAAUCACAUGCUGGGCAUUCUACUCGGAAGUUGGGUCAUUCCUCUCAUUGCGGCAGACGUGCACGCAAUGUGGUAUGAGAAGUGGUCAAUCUUUGAAGCGCGUGAGCGUAACGGAAUAUACGACUACAAGGCACUUGUUUCUGCGUUGGUUCUCGUGGAAAUUCCCUUCAACAUUGUGCUUUUCACCCUGAUUUUCUUCGUUUCUUACUGGACCUUCGGUUUCGCCAGCACUGCCUCUAUCGCUGGCUUUGUCUACUUCAUGUAUCUGCUCCUGGCUAUGUUUGGCCUGGGAUUCACAUAUCUUGUGGCUGCAUUGUUUUCAAACGCCACCAUGGCUGGUUAUGCCAUGGCUCUGCUCUGGGUCACGUUGCUCAUGUUCUCAGGCGCUGCUAACCCGCGGAGCGCACUGAACUCAUUCUACCACCCUUGGUUAUACUGGGCAGAUCCAUUGACAUACUUCUUUGAGCCCACCGUUUCCACUGUCCUACAUGGAGUUGAAGUCCAAUGCUCUGCAGAUGAAAUGGCUGUGUUCGACCCACCGUCUGGCCAGACCUGCCAACAGUAUAUGACAGAAUAUCUCAAUACUAACCCAGGGAACCUCACAAAUCCCAAGGCAGAUCAGAGCUGCACAUAUUGCCCAUAUUCAGUCGGGGAUGACUUUGCAGAAACGCUGCAUUUCUUUUACAGCGAUCGGUGGCGCGAUUGGGCUGUGCUUUUAGGAUUCUGCUUGACAAACAUUUUGCUGGUGUUCGUUGUUACGUGGUUCUUUAGGGUCAAAAUGCGACAGUGGAAAAAGUAG